GUCACUCUGGGAUCGGCCGUGCACAGGCGAGCACCGCCGACAGCUACGCUCUUUUGGCAAUAAUCUGCUCGUCCCAGGACGGGACCCCGCAGCGAAGCGAGUGUAGUGUUCUUCCCGUCGCGGCUUUAGGAUCUGGGAUUAUCGAGCUCCAGAGCCCAGCCGCUUUCGUCGAAACUGUCGUGGAUUCAUGCUGAGGGCGAGCUAAAUGCGGUACGAAGCUAAAAUGAUGCCGAUGUUCCUGACCGUGUACCUCAGUAACAAUGACCAGCACUUCACUGAGGUCCCCGUCACCCCGGAGACGCUGUGCCGCGACGUGGUGGAGCUGUGCAAAGAGCCGGGCGAGAUGGACUGCCACCUGGCCGAGGUGUGGAGAGGGUCUGAGCGUUCAGUAGGUGAUGGAGAGAGGAUGCUGGACGUGCUGCAGAGGUGGGGGCAGCACCGAGCCGAAGUGCGAUUCUUCCUGCGUCACAACCGGGCCCCCAGCCGAGAGUCAGGAGGUUCCAGAGGUUCCGAGCCUAAACGAAACGGCGUCAAAGGUCCACCAGAUAGAAGGAUGGAAAAUGGGGUUGGCACCCCUCGGAUGGACAUGACUCUGGCCGAACUGCAAGAAAUGGCGGCACGGCAGCAGCAGCAAAUCGAAGCCCAACAGCAGCUGCUGGCAUCUAAGGAGCAGCGUCUGCGGUACCUGAAGCAGCAGGAGCAGAGGCAGCAGCAGCAGGCCUCGGAGCAGGAGAAGCUCCAGCGCCUCCGAGAGAACAUCGAGAACCAGGAGAGCAGGCUCAAGAAGGUCCGGGCCCUCAAGGGACAAGUGGAGCAGAAACGCCUCAGCAACGGCAAGCUAGUGGAAGAGAUCGAGCAGAUGAACAGUCUGUUCCAGCAGAAACAAAGGGAGCUUGUUCUGGCUGCGUCUAAGGUAGAGGAGCUGAGCCGGCAGCUGGAGCUCCUCAAAAGUGGCAAAAUGGAGAGCUUCCAUGACAACCAGUCAUCUGUUGUCGAGCUCGACCGCCUCUACAAGGAGCUGCAGCUGAGGAACAAACUCAACCAGGAUCAGAACUCAAAGCUGCUGCAGCAGAGGGAGAGUCUGAACAAACGUAACCUGGAGGUGGCGGCCAUGGACAAGAGGAUCACCGAGCUGAGGGACAGACUGUACAAGAAGAAGGCCGCGCUGCAACAGAAGGAGAACCUACCUCCUCAGAAGCGUCUCAACACAGAUCUCCCACACACCAACAAUGGCUAUCCUGGUAGAGAGAGGGCAGCAAAAGACUCUCAUCUGCAGUUGCCCUCUGAAGGCCAAAGCGCGCAGCAGUCUGGGCCCUCUCGUGUGGCUGCGGUGGGCCCGUACAUCCAGUCCUCCACGAUGCCCCGGGGACCCGUGAGGAGUGACCUGCUGGUGAAGCCCGCUUACCCCGACGGCACGGCCACACUGCCCACACACGACCUGCAGGGCAAAGCUGGCACUGGAUCAUCAAAGUUGGGAGAGUGGAGUCCCUCUGGCCCUGAUUCCAAUUCUAUUAGCAGUCAUGGUUCCUCAUCCACAUUGCCCCGGAUGCCCUCCCACAGCAGCUCCAUGGCAGAACAAGAUGACGGAGAGCUGAAGAGGGACAAGAAGCCGCGGCCAUCCUCCAUGUUUGAGCCCACAGACUUACAGGCCAACUCCCUCCGCAAGAACCAGAGCAGUGACGACCUGGUCCGCGAUGCACAGUCCUCAUCCAAGCCAGUCAAGGUGCCUCCUCCGGUCGCUUCCAAACCUGUCCUCCCGUAUGGCAAGCCGGCACUGCACACUGGCACCUUCCCCAAAACCAAGUCCCACGGCCAGCCACCCCACCCGGGCCCAGGCCGCCCCCCGCUACCCCCCUCCCAGAGCCAGACCCUGCCCCUCCCCUCCAAACAGGACACACCCCCAGCAGCCACGGUCCGCCCCUUCACCCCAGAGCUCCCCAAGGACAACAGGCUAGGCAAACCACAGACCCUCGAUGCCAACUCCAUCUACUCCAUGUACACGCAGCAGUCCGGCAUCCAGGGGGCACUAAACCGGGCGCAGGGCCGCACCAAUGGGUUCACCAGUGUGUAUGGCAAACCAGUCAUGAGCUCCCAGCAGCAUCCCGAAAACCCGUACAUGGACCGCCGCUCGCCCACUGAGAACGAGGUGGACCACAGCAACGGCUCCGGUCCCACCCAGGCACCUGCCCACCCCGAGACCGAGCGCAUCCCCCGCCCCCUCAGCCCCACCAAGCUCCUCCCCUUUAUCUCCAACCCGUACCGCCACCAGAGCGAUGGCGAUCUGGAAGCCCUGCGCAAAAAACUCUACAACGCCCCGAGACCUUUGAAGAAACGCAGCUCCAUAACUGAACCAGAAGGACCAGCCGGACCUAAUAUCCAAAAACUGCUGUAUCAGAAGACUACUUUAGCUGCGAUGGAAACGACAGUUACUCCAACUACUCCUGCUUUCGCACUAGAUCCAGAGAAGGUGCCGGAAAACGCUUCAAUCCCCGUGACAAAUGACGUUAGCCAACCAGAGCAAGCCGAAGAAGUCCCACCUAUUGAACCGGUAGUGGUGCAACCAGAACCAAUCAGCAAUCUGCCCUUGGUAGUAGUAGGAAGUGAGGAAAUAAUACCACCACCACCACCGAGUCACCCAGCGCCCAGGCCAGAGGAUGUAACCUUCCCCCCGCCUCCGCCCUCGACUGGUGGGGAGGAGUUGCAGGUGCAGGUGCCCAGUAUGCCCCCUCCUCCACCUCCAGAGGGCUUCCCAGAGGAGUUCCCGCCCUACCCGCCUCCGCCCUAUCCCAGUGGGGCUGAGCAGGACAGUCUGAACGAGGAGAGCAUGAAGGCACCAGAGGUCACGGGACAAGUCACUCUGCCACCGGGAAAGAGGACCAACCUGCGGAAACCAGGAUCUGAGCGCAUAGACCACGCAAUGAGGGUCAAGUUUAACCCUCUGGCCCUGCUGCUGGACUCCUCGCUGGAGGGAGAGUUUGACCUGGUCCAGAGAAUCAUUUAUGAAGUGGAAGAUCCCAGCCAGCCCAACGAUGAGGGCAUCACAGCUCUACACAAUGCGGUCUGUGCAGGUCAUACUGAGAUUGUAAAGUUCCUGGUUCAGUUUGGGGUCAAUGUGAACGCGGCUGAUAGUGACGGAUGGACGCCCCUUCACUGUGCGGCCUCCUGUAAUAACGUGCAGGUGUGUAAGUUCCUGGUGGAGUCUGGAGCGGCCGUGUUCGCCAUGACCUACAGUGACAUGCAGACGGCAGCGGACAAGUGUGAGGAGAUGGAGGAGGGAUACACCCAGUGCUCCCAGUUCCUCUAUGGUGUGCAGGAGAAGAUGGGCAUCAUGAACCGCGGCGUGGUGUACGGCCUGUGGGACUACAGCAGUGAAAACCCAGACGAGCUGUCCUUCAGAGAGGGAGACUGUAUGACCAUUCUGCGCAGAGAGGACGAGGACGAGAUCGAGUGGUGGUGGGCGCGCAUGGGAGACCACGAGGGCUACAUCCCACGCAACCUCCUGGGGCUCUACCCCAGGAUAAAACCACGACAGCGGAGCCUGGCCUGAGCCACCUACAACCUGCACAUUCCUACUGACGAGAACUGUCCGAAAUGUAUACAGAAACCCCCACCCCAAACACACUUUAACAGACUGUGGACCACAAAUGAAGGACUUAUGAAGGAUACGUGGACCUUUGAGCCCAGCCGGCACUUUUUUUUUUCUUGUCUCUACAACAUUAUUUCACAACUCCACCAUUUUUGUAAUUAUCAAAAA